CCCAGCAAGUCCACAUGUCACCUUCCAGGAAACACUCAGAGGUGGUGGCAGCAGCCACUUUCUCCUCAUUGAGUCCCAGAGAUCCCAGAGAUCCCACCACCAUUUCUCCAUCCUAGAAAAAGACAUCAAUGCCACGGUCCUCAAGGAACCCUAGGGACCCAUGUAUUCUGUCUGAAGAUAUGGCUUACAAUACCAGGCCCAGGAGGGGCAAUCAGCGAAGCCGGAAUCCCUGCAGGGUGGCCGAGGAGUCCACAGCACGAAGGAAUGAUGGCUUCCUGUUGCCUGCCCAUGUCGACACCCCAGCUGUCAGCCUGACACACUCUGUGCUGGGAUAUGUGUCCUGGUUCACCUGCCUGGCCUGCUUCCUGAGAACCCAAGCCCAGCAAGUCCUGUUCAAUACCUGCAGAUGCAAGCUGCUCUGCCAGAAGCUUGUGGAGAAAACAGUCAUUCUGGUCCUCUGUGCCUUUGGAUUCUGGUUGUUUUCUAUGCACAUACCAUCAAAAAUGGAAAUCUGGCAGGAUAACAGCAUAAAUAGUCCACUGCAGAGCUUGAGGUUGUACCAAGAGAAGGUACGACACCACACUGGGGAAAUCCAGGACCUCCGAGGUAGUGUGAACCAGCUCAUUGCCAAACUCAAGGAGAUGGAAGCCAUGUCAGAUGAGCAAAAAAUGGCCCAGAAGAUAAUGAAGAUGAUACAAGGCGACUACAUUGAAAAGCCAGACUUUGCCCUGAAGUCUAUAGGUGCCACCAUCGACUUCGAACACACAUCAGCUACAUACAACCACGACAAGGCUCGCUCCUACUGGAACUGGAUCCGGCUGUGGAACUACGCGCAGCCCCCAGAUGUGAUCCUUGAGCCCAACAUGACACCGGGCAACUGCUGGGCCUUCGUAGGUGACCGUGGCCAGGUGACCAUCCGACUGGCCCAGAAGGUCUACCUGUCCAACCUCACGCUGCAGCACAUCCCCAAGACCAUCUCCCUGUCGGGCAGCCUGGACACUGCCCCCAAGGACUUCAUCAUCUACGGCAUGGAGAGCUCCCCCGGGGAGGAGGUGUUCCUCGGGGCAUUCCAGUUCCAGCCAGAAAACACUAUCCAGAUGUUCCCACUCCAGGUACCUGAGUGCCUGCUGUGCCCCCUCUGGGACCCACUCAUCCCCUACGGCCUGGGAGAACCACCAGCCACGGGCCUUUGGUGCGGUCAAAGUGAAGAUCUCCAGCAACUGGGGGAACCCACGCUUCACCUGCCUAUACCGCGUGCGUGUGCAUGGCUCUGUGGCCCCGCCCACCCAGAACCCUGCCCUAAAAGAGUAAAGUUUAUUCUUUAGCCCA